CAGAAGGAUUCUCUUCAGAGGGAACUUGAGGCUUUUCUUGGUGCUCUGCCGGGUUUUGUUACUCUCGCGACAGUGACGCCUAGGGACUUGUGUCGUUUCAUGAUCUUUAAAGACAAGCGUGGCAAAACACAGGUACACCUCAAUACUUGUGAAUUUCUGGGUCAGCGUGGUAAACAGUCAUGUGGCUGCCCCUUGAGAUUGUCGUACAAGACUGUGGAUUCUUACAUAGGAAAGUUAAGAUCGAUUUUCCAUUCCAUUGGUCGGGACGGAGAGUGGGACAAGCGGCUAGGUCUUGGUAACCCAGCCUCUGAUAAAUUGGUUAAAGAUUACCUUCGUCUUGUCACAGCAGAGCAGUUACAGGCCCGUGUUACUCCAAAACAAGCCACGCCAUUCUUUGUGGACAAAUCGACUCAGUUAUCGAAGUAUCUUGAAGGCGAGCUAGCGAGAUCAAAGUCGAAACUUGACCGUUUCAUUAUCCCACGUGACCAAGCUUAUUUUAAGUUGGCGUUCUUUAGUGGGGACCGCCCAGGAGAUCUUGGUCAGGUAAAAGUUCCGGAGAUCCUUCGUUUUCCAAAUGAUGAUGGGUUCUUAUUUAAUCAUAUCUGGGGUAAGACUUUGCGGGAUGGUGACAGUAAUGUCUUUGGUGUUCGCAGAAAUCCCCAGUCGGUCAUCUGUCCUGUGAGGGGCGUUGAGCAAUAUGUCGAAGUGGCAAGGGAGUUAGGCGUUGAUUUAACAAAGGGAUAUUUGUUUCGUCCGACAACUUCUAAUAAUGGUGUCCAAGGUUCUCCAUUUAGUUCUUCAGCAGCAGAUGCGCGUAUUAAAGUGUAUCUCAAGCAGAUGAAAGCUGAUGAUGGUGAGACAUUGCAUGGCUUUCGCUCGGGUUGUGCGAUAACGUUGGCCCUCACAGGAGCGGAUCUGUCUGAGAUUAUGGAACACGUGGGUUGGGCUAGGAGGCAUACCGCCUUAUAUUACUUUCAGCUGGCCAAGGUUCUGAUACAUGAUGGCCCGUCGGGACGACUUGCUACGCCUUCUGCUGAGAAUGUGGUGGCUCCAUGGCAGGAUGUGAAUCAGCUGAAACGUUUUGUGUGUGCUUUUCCAGCUGCUGAGCAGAGGAAACGCCCAGCAGAAUGA